UCUUGAAUGUUUUGUUUUUGCCACUCCGUUUUUGGAAUUGAAAGGAAACACAUGCAGUUAAAGAACAAUCUCUAAGUUUAAUUUAUUUUUGUGUCCACAGUUCAAAGAUGGCAAAACAAAAUACACUAUGUGGGAUGUUCAAUUGGUAUCCCCAGUUUUUGCAACGAUUUGCCAACACAAGAUCAUUCAUAGCUGUUUAUGGAUUACUUGGAAUUUUUCAAGCUAUGGGAUACAUCUAUCUUGUGAUAACACUGCCGACGAUCGAGAAAAGAUUUAAAAUUCCGAGUCAAACAACAGGAUUAAUAUUAUCCGGGAAUGAAAUCUCACAAAUAUUAUUGAGUGUCAUACUCGCUUAUAUUGGAGGAAAAAGUAAUCGACCACGUUUUAUCUCCAUUGGUGUUGUUUUCUGCUCAAUCAGUUGCUUUAUCCUCGCAAUGCCACAUUUUCUUUAUGGUGCUGGUGAUGAUGCACUUAAACUUACUAAAGAAUAUAUGGAAUCAUCAAAUGUUACACUUGAUGACUCGGAGAAAAUAAAAAUGGAACGUAGGUCAAAUCGGCUGUGUAUCGAUGAACCAAGUGAUCAACAAUGUGAUGACGAGAUCAAAACUAUGCUUCCAUUAAUUUUAAUCUUCUUAUCUCAAUUCGUUUUGGGUGUUGGAAAUACCUUAUUUUAUGCAUUAGGACAAACUUAUUUGGAUGAUGGAGUUACCAAGAAGAAAAAUACGCCAAUUUUACUUGCUUAUGCAUUCUCAUUACGUACUUUCGGACCAGCUGUUGGCUUUGUUAUUGGAUAUGCUUGUUUGAAAAUCUAUAUCGAUCCUACAAAGACGCCACUUAUAGAUUCCACCGAUCCUCGAUGGAUGGGUGCUUACUGGUUAGGUUGGGUGUUUAUUGGAAUUGCUCUGAUGAUUGUUGCUGUUUUAAUUGGCCUGUUUCCAAAAGAAUUACCGAAGAAGCCGUCGAAGGAUGAAGAAAGGCUGAGAGAUUCGGACGAAACGCCAAAAAUGAUGAAGUCAAAAGAAGAUGCAUUCUAUGAAGAUUCAUUGCCCUUAAGACACAAUCAACCACAUGCUGAGCAGUAUUUCGGAAGCAUAAAUGAUUUUAGAAGUUUGACUGAUAUUCCUCCAAUCGAGACUCUUCCUUCAACCUUAAUAAGACUUUUUAAAAAUAAGCUUUUAAUGUAUAAUACCUUAAGUGGAAUUUUCUACAUAUUGGGAGCUUCCGCAUAUUUUACAUACAUGAGUAAAUAUCUUGAAGUGCAAUUCCAUAAAAGUGCUGCUGAUGCUACAAUUAUAACAGGUCCAUUUACACUUAUUGGAAUGGUCAUGGGAUUCUUAGUGUCUGGAAUUGUUAUAACAAAAGCAAAACCAUCUACAUCAAAAAUCCUCAUGUGGAAUGUCAUUGUUGGAAUCAUGUUCAUGGUUGGAGAGCUCGUAUAUUUAUUCCUCACAUGCCCAGAUGGACAGAUUCCUUUAAAUAUUGUAAACAGACGAUUAAAUUUGACAUCAGAAUGUAAUAACGACUGUUACUGUUCCGGUAUUCCUUAUACGCCCGUUUGUUUGGAGGAAACAGGUGACACAUUUUUCAGUCCAUGCGUUGCAUCAUGCAGAAUGUAUUCGAAACAAAGAAAAGCAUACUAUCAAUGUGACUGUGCAAAAUAUCAUUUAUCAUCAUUAUCAACAAGCACUACAAAACCAUUCUUCUUAUCAAAUCAUACAGUAGAUCAAUAUGAAGUAUCAAAUAUCAUUAGUAAUUUUAGUGCUGCAUUUAAGCCAACAACAGAAAGUAUUUCCAAUGAUCUACCAGCAAGUACUUUAGGAUUACUUAAGAAUAAUUUAGGAGUGACUAAUGGAAAUGAAGAUGUAGCAUAUGAUGAUGAUAGUUACAGUACAACUAUCAAUAAUGAUUAUAGUGAAAGUAGUUUAAAUGAUCGAGCAAGGAGAUCAAUUAAAGAUAAAGAGACAGAAGAGGAUCAAUUUUGGGGUAAAAUGACUCCUGGAGCAUGUGUGAAAGGUUGUGCUUUUGGAUUUUAUGCAUUCUCAUUGAUUUCGUCAAUCAUCAACUGUUUUGGAACAUCUGGUCGUAUUGGAAAUAUCUUACUCAACUUCCGUUGUGUGUCUAUAAAAGAUAAAAGUGUAACUCAAGGAUUGAUUCUUAUGCUUGUUUCAUUAUUCGCUUUAAUUCCUGGUCCAAUUCUUUAUGGACGUAUUAUAGAUGAGACAUGUAUAGUAUGGACUGAGCAAUGUAAUGGUCGUAAAGGAAAUUGUCAGCUUUAUGAUCAAAAACUAUUUAGAUAUUAUGUAAACUUGACAGCAUUCUGUUUGACAACAAUUGGAGUAUUCUUUGAUGUUCUCGUGUGGAAGAACGGACGUCAUCUGGAUCUGUAUACAGAACGUACAGAUGAAGAAAUGCGUCAACAAAAGAAAGCAGCUAAACAAAUGAACAAUAAUUUGACAAAGAAAUAAUUAAGCUGUAAUUAAAAUGGAACUAAAUGAAUUUAUGUUAAUUAAUUUUUAUUGAAU